CCCAUCAUGCAAUCCUCGUCGGAAAUGAAAAAGAUAUCGACUGACAAAGGUGGAACGUUGUUCUCCUCGGAUUUUUUUUUUUCGUCUUGUCUUUUCUCUAUUUCAGCCACUUAACUAAACCGAAGCCUCGACGACGUGUCCAGCACGAGCUACAUUACGGACUCAAACAUCAGUCAUCUUCAAGUCUCGGCAGUCGCUGCUAUGCGGCCUUCAUUAGCCUAGCCUAGCCUAGCUGGCCGGUGUCGGUAAACAAUCUGCACUACACCGGCCGCUAACAAAGCUACAAGGCACGUCGUCAAGCGUUCAGAAUUCAAGUGAAGAAAAUGUUCGCGAGGAUCACACCGGCUGCAGUAAAGUUCCAGGAGGAACUUUGCGGAGUAAAAGAGGAGCCUCCACGUCAGCAACACUCGAAUGUGUCCAAAAUAAUGCCCGCAGAGGUUGUUCUUCACAGACUAGAAGAUGUCAGGCUAGUGCAUCGUCCUGAACGCCAGGAGUGUGCUCACAUGAAAGAAGAAGAGGAGGAAGAGUCGCCAUACGUCAAGAACGUGGAGGAAGAAUUCGUCCACAUUAAAGAGGAGUGUCUCAUUAGAGUUGAGAACCCCCACUUUGAGGAGCAGCAGCAACGUUAUCCCCUCAAAAAGGAGGACGACGACCAGCCAUAUGUUAAAGUGGAGGUGGUGGACAUCCCCAAGUGGACCGAUGAGACCUUGAAGGGUGAAGAUGGAGAUCCGAGUGAGGCCAGCAGAGGGGCGGAGCUUCUGAGUGGCAGCAGUUCAAAAGAAGGAUUCCAAGCAGACAACCUCAUCGCUCGACCAUCAGAAAGUGACGACUUCACAUCACGCUCGCUGUUCUGUUUCAGAAGAUUUCUUGGUGCUGAGCCAGAAUCUCCUGGUGUAAAAGAGGAUGUUGAGCUCCCCCAAAUCAAAGAGGAGGAACCAGAGCCCUGUCAACAGAAGGAGAGAGAAGAGCAACUUCCAAUCAAAAAGGAGGAGGAGGAGCUGCCAUAUGGUAAAAAGGAGGAAGACGGGCAUAUCACCAGUUCUACUGGUGAGCCCUUGAAGAGUGAAGAUGGUCUGAGUGAGGCCAGCAGAGCGGCGGAGCCUCCAAGCAGGGGGAGUAGCAUCAGCUCAACAGAAGGACUGCAAGCAGACAUUUACAUUGCUCCAUCGGACAGAGAUCGCGCCACGUCACACUCAACUUCCAAUGAUGAUGGUCAUAAGACAUGUUGUGGUGACGACAAACUCUGCAAAUGCUCUCAGUGUGGGAAAACCAAGAGCAACUUAAAUCAACACACAAGAACCCACACUGGCGAAAAACGUUUUUCCUGCUCAGUUUGUGGUCAAAAAUUCACUCAGAAGAGCCACUUAGACAGACACACAAGAACCCACACUGGUAAAAAACCUUUUUCCUGCUCAAUAUGUGGAAAAAGUUUUGUUCAGAAGGGAGACUUAACAAAACACACAAGAACCCACACUGGCGAAAAACCUUUUUCCUGCUCAGUUUGUAGUCGAAGAUUUGCUCAAAAGGAAAACUUAAAAAGUCACGAAAGAACCCACACUGGUGAAAAACCUUUUUCCUGCUCAGUUUGCGGUCAAAGAUUCGCUAAAAAUGUAAACUUACAAAGUCAUGAAAGAACCCACACUGGUGAAAAACCUUUUUCCUGCUCAGUUUGUGGUCAAAGAUUCGCUUGGAAAGAAUUGUUAGAAAGGCACGAAAGAACGCACACGGGUGAAAAACCUUUUUCCUGCUCAGUUUGUGGUCAAAGAUUCGCUCGGAAGGAAAAGUUAGAAAGGCACGAAAGAACCCACACCGGUGAAAAACCUUUUUCCUGCUCAGUUUGCGGUCAAAGAUUCGCUCAGAAGGAAAACUUACUAGGUCACGAAAGAACCCACACCGGUGAAAAACCUUUUUCCUGCUCAGUUUGUGGUCAAAGAUUCGCUCGGAAGAAAAACUUAACAAGUCACGAAAGAACCCACACUGCCGAAAAACCUUUUUCCUGCUCCGUUUGUGGUCAAAGAUUCACUCAAAAAAUUAGCUUGAAUAUACACAUAAGAAUACACACUGGAGAAAAACCUUUUUCCUGCUCAGAUUGUGGAAAGAGAUUUGUCCGUAAGGGAGACUUAACAAAACACACAAGAACCCACACCGGUGAAAAACCUUUUUCCUGCUCAGUUUGCGGUAAAAGAUUCGCUCACAAGGAAAACUUACUAGGUCACGAAAGAACCCACACCGGUGAAAAACCUUUUUCCUGCUCAGUUUGUGGUCAAAGAUUCGCUCGGAAGAAAAACUUAACAAGACACGAAAGAACCCACACUGCCGAAAAACCUUUUUCCUGCUCCGUUUGUGGUCAAAGAUUCACUCAAAAAAGUAGCUUGAAAAUACACAUAAGAAUACACACUGGAGAAAAACCUUUUUCCUGCUCAGAUUGUGGAAAGAGAUUUGUCCGUAAGGGAGACUUAACAAAACACACAAGAACCCACACUGGAGAAAAACCUUUUUCCUGCUCAGUUUGCGGUCAAAGAUUCGCUCAGAAGGAAAACUUACUAGGUCACGAAAGAACCCACACCGGUGAAAAACCUUUUUCCUGCUCAGUUUGCGGUCAAAGAUUCGCUCAGAAGGAAAACUUACUAGGUCACGAAAGAACCCACACUGCCGAAAAACCUUUUUCCUGCUCCGUUUGUGGUCAAAGAUUCACUCAAAAAAUUAGCUUGAAAAUACACAUAAGAAUACACACUGGAGAAAAACCUUUUUCCUGCUCAGAUUGUGGAAAGAGAUUUGUCCAUAAGGGAGACUUAACAAAACACACAAGAACCCACACCGGUGAAAAACCUUUUUCCUGCUCAGUUUGUGGUCAAGGAUUCUCUCAAAAGCAAAACUUAAAAAGUCACGAAAGAACGCACACUGGUGAAAAACCUUUUUCCUGCUCAGUUUGUGGUCAAAGAUUCGCUCGGAAGAAAAACUUAACAAGUCACGAAAGAACCCACACUGCCGAAAAACCUUUUUCCUGCUCCGUUUGUGGUCAAAGAUUCACUCAAAAAAGUAACUUGAAAAUACACAUAAGAAUCCACACUGGAGAAAAACCUUUUUCCUGCUCAGAUUGUGGUCAAGGAUUCGUUCGGAAGGAUCGGAUUGAGAAACACUUUUGUUUUGGUGUGACAAGCUGUGGCCAAUGAAUGUUUUACCUGUCAUACAGGCUGGCUUCAUCAGAUUUUGCAUGGAGGACAAUUGUAUUCUGUAGAGCAGGGUUCACUAAAUCCGGACCUCAGUGCCACUUUUCGUGUGGUGUUUUCCAUGUCUCUCUCCCCUAACACACCUGAAUCAAAUGAUUAUGUCAUCAGCGACCUCUACAGAAGCCUGAUAAUGAUCCUGAUUAUUUUGAUUCAGGUGUGUUGGAGGAGGGAG